UUUAAUAUGGGAAACCAUCAUGCCCGUCCGUCACAUCAAAGAUCUGAUCAAAUCCCAGAACAUCCCAUUAGAAGAUCGUCAAGCAAGUCAAGUUUCGCGUCUUCGUAUUUACCAGCAUUAGAAAAACUUUUUCAAAAACUUGAGCUCACUGCAGAGGAAGACAAUGGCCAUCCAGGGGAGAUCACCAGGGCUACAUUUGAGGGUGUUUUCAAAGGCCCUCUGCAGCUGUUUGGCAAGCUCUUGUAUGAACAAAUGGUGACCAACAAUCACCAUAGCGACAAGGUGAAGGAGCGCAUCAGCAGCGAGCAGUUUGUCAAGUCUAGCAAGGCUUUACUGAGUCUGUUUGACGCGACUGAUCAGCACAAGUAUUACUUCAAACUCUUCGCACAGGGAAAGGAAUAUCUCACUCGUGAUGAUGCACUGAACAUGGUGAACAUUGCCUACGCUCUCACCCUGGCCUCAUCCAUGAUUGCAUUCAGGAAACAGGCAAAAGAUGACAAAGUCUUCGAGUCCGUAGUCAACAGCAUGUUUGGCAUGAAGCCAGAUAUCAAGUUUCCAGAGAUGCAGAAAUGGCUGGACAACAACUGUCCUAACAUGUUUUCCGGCGUACACAACUGGGUCUACACGAUACUGACAGGCUCCAAGAUGCCAGAGGAAAUGGAGGUAGCCCCAGUUCCCAUGUUGGAGCAGCUGUCGGAGGGGAACCAUGUCAUGUGUAUGGGCAUGCUGUAUAUGCUGACUGCCUCCCUGCCCAACAAGUACACACACGUUGAGAAGGAAACAGAGUCCACCUCACAGCAGGGAACCAAGAACCCACUGCUCACAUCAUUCCAGAUACUCCGGAAACUUCGAACAUUUACUAGUGCUCGGUUAAGUCGCUGCCAAAGUUGGAAGAAGCUCUAUGACAGUGAUGAACAUGGGCUCUCUAUGAACAGAUUCAGCCAUCAUGUCUUGGGAUACAAGGACUCUUCAUUAACCUUGAUAUCGUUUGAGGGUCGAAACAUUUACUGUAUAGCAUCAGAUGAUCCUUGGAGAGAAAGUGUACAAAAGUUUGGUCGUGAAGAUGCCUGCGUCAUUCAAAUUUCACCUGUCUUCAAAAUAGUGCAGUCCGGUGGCCCACUGUUGAUGUGGAACCUGAGUGACCGUGCGGCCCCCAAGGGUAUCUACAUAGGUCAGACAGGCAAGGCCAACAUAAUCACCGUGCCUACAGAGUUCAACGCUGUGCUGCACUAUGGGGUGAAGUGUGAGCUGCAUCAGAUAGAGAUGUGGGGGUGUGGAGGUGGCGAGGCAUUCCAGGCUCAGCAGAAACAAAAACAGUGGGAGAGGAAGGAGGUGGAAAAACACGCCUCCAGAAAGCUGCAUCUGGAUACCAACUGGGAUGAGAAUCCUGACAAACAGCUGCUGUCCUGGGGUGGGGUUGAGGUCAACCAUCAGUACAGUCAGGGUGGGGCAAUGUGACCACUCACGCUUGCUCUACAUUUGAGGUUCUACACACCUUAUCAAGAGACAAUGCCAUGUUUAUGUUUGUUUGUGGUGUAUUUAUGCUCCUCCUGUUGGAGAUUUUGUUUCAUACGUAGAUUUUAAUGUGUUUGUCUGCAAAUGUAAACAAAUUAGUGCCUUCUUUGUGCAAUUGAACACACACAAACUGAUUCCUCCAUGUUUCAUUUCUUAUGAGGAAAUACUGAAUUGAGUUGUUCAGUAAGUCCAUGUUAACAUAUGUUUCAGGCAGACAACUGUUGUUCAAUUUUGUCAUUAACCUUGUCUGUGAUGUAGCAGUUUGAAACUUACAUAACUGGACUGAUUGGUACUUGACCACACAUGCAUAACUCAGCUUGAAACAUACAUAACAUACUUGUUCCUGGCUUCUCAUUACAAGAGUCUGGUACCUGGUCUAAAACUUACCUAACAAGACAGACUGGUACCUGGCCUUGUACUUAUAAAUCAAGACAUUUUGAUACCUAGCCUCACACUUACCUAACAAGACAGACUAGUACCUGGCCUCACACCUAUAUAUCAAGACAGAUUGGUCUCACACUUACACAAGACAGAUUGGUACAUGGCCUCACACUAAUAUAACAAGACAGAUUGGUACCUGUUCUCAAACUUAUAUAUUAAGACAGAUUGGUACCUGGCCUCACACUCACAUAUCAAGACAGAUUGGUACCUGGCCGCACAUGCAGACCUAAGCUUGUCUGCUAUAUCUGUAACAUUAGUCAAAAUAUCUUCCACAGAAAUCCUUCAUUUUAUUCUCAUUUACUUUUAUGAUUUGUUUAAUGUGCAUAUUAUGUUGCCCUAUUUUGUUGUUGUUGUUGUUAUUUGAUGAAUGCAUUUAUUGAGUUUUUUCUGCAUAUAUUAAUGUGUGUUGAUAUCUGUUUAUACUUGUAUAUAUUUUUAUGUUAUCAGACUUUUCAGUCGAUGUUUCCAUAGAUCUGACUUAAACAUAUUCAUUUUGUUGUGCAUUUUGAUUUGAGAACAUAGCAUGGACCAUGAUUAUGAAUAUAUAAUAUGGUCCUGUUAAAAUCAAAAUUAUAUGUAUGUUGACAUUGUAUUACUCAUUGGCAGUGCUGAAUGUAUUUGCUGGAAUUAAUGUGUGAUUGUCACAAGACGAUACACUCAGGGUAAUUAUUUCGUUUUUAUAAAAAGUUGCUGUUAAAUUUCAAAAAAGGCCUCAAAGUAGUUUAGAUACUGUAAAAUAAAUAAUGGGCAGUUUAUAUUGAACUUGCAGAUGCUGAAUCAAAAUAGCUUUCUGUAAACUGUAAAUACCGUAAUUACACAAGUUUUUGGACACUCUAAAUUUUCGGACACCCUCAUUUUUAGUCCAAAUAUUUAUUUGUGUGACUCUAAAUUUUCGGCCAUGCACGUUUGUGUCCAUAUUGAAUGACUUUAAAUUUUCAGACAGUUUAUUAUUAGCUCGACAAUUAUAUAUGAAAUAUAUAUAGUGGAGCUAUCCUACUUACCCCGGCGUCGGCGUGAGCGUGCAAAGUUUGCGUACCAUCUCAAAUAUUUUCUAUGUCCCUUGACAUAUUGCUUUUAUAUUUUACAUACUUCUUUACCAACAUGACCCCAAUCUAUUAAAAAGAGCCGACAACUGUAUCAAGCAUUUAAUAAGAACUAUGGCCCUUUUUAUGUCCCCCACCCACUAUAGUGGGGGACAUAUUGUUUUUGCCCUGUCUAUUGAUUGGUUGGUUUGUGUUCAUUUGCUCCAACUUUAACAUUUGCUAUAACUUUGCAAUAUUGAAGAUAGCAACUUCAUAUUUUGCAUGCAUGUGUAUCUCAUGGAGAUGCACAUUUUGAGUGGUGAAAAAUCAAGUUCAAGGUCAUUCUUCAAGGUCAAAUGUCAAAUAUAUGGGUCAAAAUUGCUCAUUAAAUGUACACUUUUGCAAUAUUGAAGAUAGCAACUUGAUAUUUAGCAUACAUGUGUAUCUUAUGGAGCUUCAUAUUUUGAGUGGUGAAAGGUCAAGGUCAUCCUUCAAGGUCAAAGGUCAAAUAUAUGGGGGGACAUAAUGUUUCACAAACACAUUGCUUGUUUCACUUAGAAUAUGCAUAUUAUUGAUAAAUCUAUGUUAAAGUUUGCGUACCACCUCAAAUAUGUCAAGCAUUUGUAUAAAUUAAGGCCCUUUUUUCACUUAGAAUAUUGAAGAUUUUGUUAAGUUUUGUGUUAAGGUUCACUUUGUUCCUAAAGUAUCACAGCUAUUGCUUUCAUACUUCAAUUACUUUCCUUUUAUCAUGAGGGUACUGUACUUUGCUAGUUGAAUUUGACCUUUACCUUUGAACAACCUUUACUCUCAAGAUCAAAUUAAUAAAUUUUGCUUAAAUUGCCAUCACUUCUUUACUUAUGAUCAUAUUUCAUUCAUACUUUGACAAAACAACACUUACCUGACAUACCACAUACCACAAUGGACUCCACCCAAACCAUCCCCCACGCUCCAUCAUCUAAUAAAUGACCACACCUACCCAUUAUACCCCCCCCCCCCUCCCCUUCCCCCUCCCCUGGCAUUUUUUUUUAUGUCCCCCACUAUAGUAGUGGGGGACAUAUUGUUUUUGCCCUGUCUGUUGGUUGGUUGGUCUGUUGGUUUGCGCCAACUUUAACAUUUUGCAAUAACUUUUGCUAUAUUGAAGAUAGCAACUUCAUAUUUGGCAUGCAUGUGUAUCUCAUGAAGCUGCACAUUUUGAGUGGUGAAAGGUCAAGGUCAUCCUUCAAGGUCAGAGGUCAAAUAUAUGUGUCCAAAAUCGCUCAUUUUAUGAAUUCUUUUGCAAUAUUGAAGAAAGCAACUUCAUAUUUGGCAUGCAUGUGUAUCUCAUGGAGCUGCACAUUUUGAGUGGUGAAAGGUCAAGGUCAUCUUUCAAGGUCAGAGGUCAAAUAUAUGUGGCCCAAAUCUCUUAUUUUAUGAAUACUUUUGCAAUAUUGAAGAUAGCAACUUGAUAUUUGGCAUGCAUGUGUAUCUCGUGGAGCUGCACAUUUUGAGUGGUAAAAGGUCAAGGUCAUCCUUUAAGGUCAGAGGUCAAAUAUAUGUGGCCCAAAUCGCUUAUUUUAUGAAUACUUUUGCAAUAUUGAAGAUAGGAACUUGAUAUUUGGCAUGCAUGUGUAUCUCAUGGAGCUAAACAUUUUGUGUGGUGAAAGGUCAAGGUCAUCCUUCAAGGUCAAAUAUAUGGGGCAAAAUUGCUCAUGUAAUGUCACUUCUGCAAUAUUGAAGCUAGCAAUUUUAUAUUUGAAAUGCGUGUGUAUCUCAAGGAGCUGCACAUUUUGAGUGGUGAAGGGUCAAGGUCAAGACCAUCCUUCAAGGUCAAACGUCAUAUAGGGGGACAUUGUGUUUCACAAACACAUCUUGUUUAAACAUGGUAACAAAAAAAUAAAUGUUAAUUUUAUUUUUGAAGGACUGUCCAACCAUCCCACUCAAGCUAUUGCUAUCAAACUUGAAAUAAAAUCUUAUUAGUUUGUUUGAUGUCUUUACAAUAGAUGUGGAAAAUAUACCUGAACAAAGAAUCGUCUAUAGAGUACAAUGUCUUUAAGAAAUAAGUGAUCAAUAUGUUUCAAUUAUGAUCCUCUUCCACUUAGAAUAUGACUAUAUUACCUUAACCUUAUUGAAUAUGAACAAUUUCCCCAUGAUGGGUUACGUUAUACUGUCAAGCACUCAAAUAGUCGAGCGCGCUGUACUCUGUGUUCAAUUUUAUUUUACCGGAAUUAUACCAUGUCAUGCUUUCCUGGUUACACUUUGAUCAUGAUCAUGGUUUCCUGGUUACACUUUGAUCAUGAUCAUGUUUUCCUGGUUACACUUUGAUCAUGAGGUUUUACAGCCAGACUAAGGUCAUAAAACCUGAUGGACGAAUGCUUUUAGGCAAUUAACCAUUAAAGUUGUGUUAUUGGGUAAAUAACUUAGUUUACUCGUAGUAGACAAUGGUUUCACCCUAUAGCUUAAAGUGAAACAAAGAUAAAGUAUUUUAAACUAUACCACAUUGAAUUUUACAAUCAAAUGUGUGAUAAUUAGUUGAAACAUUUGAUGCUAUACACAUUGCAUACCCGUAUCUAAUCAUCAAUCCAAUAUUUUUAGUGUGUCUCUAAAUUUUCAAACAAAGGUUUUUAAGUGUCCGAAAACUUUUCUUCGGUAAGCGAGAUGGUAGUCUCAAAGGAAAUUUUGUAUUAGAAGAUAAAUAUUCUAUGUGUAAUAGUAUUUUAAGUUAAUUAAGUAAAAUUACAUUCUAAUCUAAUGAGGACUUGGCGGAUAAAAAAUCAAUGAAAUGUGUAUUCUAAAGAGAGAUUUUUAUAUUUUUCAUGGGGAGCAUAUAGUUGCAAGUUUGAAGUUCCUUACUUCCGUACUUCCUUCCGUCACACUUUUGUUACAGUUUCUCAUAGCUCCUUCAAUAUUUUACCGAUCUCUUACAUAUUUGGCAUGUAGGUACCUUGCAUGGACCUUUACCUUUUGAUGAGGUUUGAGGUCACAGGGGUCAAGGUGAUUAAGGCUAAUAAAAGAUUUUUCUGUCACAAUUAUGUUACAGUUUCUUAUAGCACAUUCAAUAUUUUUCCGAUCUCUUAUAUAUUUGGCAGGUAGGUACCUUUCAUGGACCUCUACCUUUUGAUGAGGUUAGAGGUCACUGGGGUCAAGGUCACCAAGGCUAAUAAUAGAUUUUUCCGUCACAAUUUUGUUACAGUUUCUCAUAGCGCCUUCAAUAUUUUACCGUUCUCUUACAUAUUUGGCAUGUAGGUACCUUUUAUGGACCUCUACCUUUUGAUGAGGUUUGAGGUCACUGGGGUUAAGGUCACAGAGGCUAAAAAUAUAUUUUUCCGUCACAAUUUUGUUACAGUUUCUCAUAGCGCCUUCAAUAUUUUACCAAUCUCUUACAUAUUUGGCAUGUAGGUACUUUUCAUGGACCUCUACCUUUUGAUGAGGUCAAGGUCACCGAGGCUAAUAAUAUAUUUUUUUAGGUGGCUAUUAAGACAAAGAUUGACAAAGUGCAUAAUUGGAGAGCAUCCUUCAGUUUCUUUGAUAUUCUUGUGUUGUAACUAUUAAAUGUUGUAUUUAUUUAUCAAUGUUUAAGAAAGAUAUUUUGGAUAAUUAGGACAGGAAGAAAAUGAAAAUAUGGUAUUUAUAAAUACAGAUUCCUUAUGAGACUUUACAUGACGUUUGUAAACUCAUGGAAUUAAGUCUGGAAAGCAAUUAUCAGUCAACCACUUGGCAUGACUUAGUGUUAAAAAACUGUUUUGUUAUUUUUAAAGUGGUGAUAUUAAGGUUAAUGAAAGUGGGUCCUCUGGUAGUUUUAAUAUUUUAAUAGUCUUAUAUGCAAGCAUAGUUCAUUCAUGACCAUAUUACAACAUUGAACUUGUGCUGCUAACUAGUUAUCUUAUAUGCAACAAGGCUCAAAGACCAUAAUACACUCCAUGAGAAUAUAUAGAAUAUUUGUUGGAUUCGGUGGAAUAUCGAUUUUAUUUCACGAGUGAUCAUAUAAAAUAAUAUUUUCAUGAGAGGCGGAGCCACCAGUGAAAAUAGGUAUUUUUUGCUCACCUGUCACGAAGUGACAUGGUGAGCUUAUGUGACCGUGUGAUGUCCGGCGUCCGUUGUGUUUGCGUGCUUGUGUGCGUGCGUCCGUCAACAAUUUGUUUGUGUAGACAGUAGAGGUCACAGUUUUCAUCCAAUCUUUAUGACUUUGGACAGAAUGUUUAUCUUGAUAAAAUUUAGGUUGGGAUUGUAUUUGGGUCAUCUGGGGUCGAAAACUAGGUCAUUAUGUCAAAAACUAGGUCACAUAAUAGGUCAAAUAAUAGAAAAACCUUGUGUAGACAAUAGAGGUCGCAGUUUUUAUCCAAUCUUUAUGAAAUUUGGUCAGAAUGUUUAUCUUGAUUAAAUCUGGGUUGGGAUUGUAUUUGAUUCAUCUGGGUUCAAAAACUAGGUCACUAGGUCAAAAACUAGGUCAAAUAAUAGAAAAACCUUGUGUAGACAAUAGAGGUGGCAGUUUUCAUCCAAUCUUUAUGAAAUUUGGUCAGAAUGUUUAUCUUGAUGAAAGCUGGCUUGGGAAUGUAUUUGGGUCAUCUGGGGUCAAAAACUAGGUCACUAGGUCAAAUAAUAGAAAAACCUUGUGUAGACAAUAGAGGUCGCAGUUUUCAUCCUAUCUUCAUGAAAUUUGGUCAGAAUGUUUAUCUUGAUGAACUCUGGGUUGGGAUUGUAUUUGGGUCAUCUGAGGUCAAAAACUAGGUCACUAGGUCAAAUAAUAGAAAAACCUUGUGUAGACAAUAGAGGUCGCAGUUUUCAUCCUAUCUUUAUGAAAUUUGGUCAGAAUGUUUAUCUUGAUGAACUCUGGGUUGGGAUUGUAUUUGGGUCAUCUGAGGUCAAAAACUAGGUCACUAGGUCAAAUAAUAGAAAAAACGUCAACAAUUUGUUUGUGUAGACAGUAGAGGUCACAGUUUUCAUCCAAUCUUUAUGAAAUUUGGUCAGAAUGUUUAUCUUGAUGAAAUCUGGGUUGGCAUUGUAUUUGCGUCAUCUGGGGUAAAAAACUAUGUCAUUAGAUGAAAUAAUAGAAAAACCUUGUAUAGACAAUAGAGGCCGCAGUUUUCAUCCAAUCUUUAUGAAAUUUUUUCAGAAUGUUUAUCUUGAUGAAAUCUGGGUUGGGAUUGUAUUUUGGUCAUCUUGGGUCAAAAACUAGGUCACUAGGUCAAAUAAUAUAAAAACCUUGUGUAAACAAUAGAGGUCACACUUUUCAUCCAAUCUUCAUGGAAUUUGGUCAAUAUGUCUUGAUGAAAUCUGGGUUGGGAUUGUAUUUGGGUCACCUGGGGUCAAAAACUAGGUCAAUAGGUCAAAUAUUAGAAAAACCUUGUGUAGACAAUAGAGGUCACAGUUUUCAUCCAAUCUUUAUGAAAUUUGGUCAGAAUGUUAAUCUUGAUGAAAACUGGGUUGAGAUUGUAUUUGGUUAGUCAGGUGAGCGAUUCAGGACCAUCAAGGCCCUCUUGUUUAUGAUCAGAAGUGAAUUAAAAUCGAUAUUCCAUGGAAUCCAACAAAUUUUCUUUUUAGUUUAUGCUUUUUUCACUGUUAAUUUACAUUGUAAGAGUUUCAUUGGAUAAUUUCGCUGGAUUUAUGACGUCAUUUCAUUAACAAAAAUGACGUCCUUUCACAGUAAAACUGUGAAAAAUAUCAACAUUUUUCUCUGUUAUUUUUCACUGUUUAAAACAGUGAAAUAUCAAUGUUAUUCACUGAUAUUUCUCUAUAAAUGACCGGAAAGCAUAAAAUAAGAUUUACUUCAUGAAAUGUAAGGCAUCAAAUUGCAGUUUUGUUUUAUUGAGCAAUUCCAAAAAAAUAAUUGUUUCUAAGUAAAUUACUGUAAACAUAAGAGAACAUUUAUAUUUUGGUAAAUUAUCAGGGUAAUUAAGUGACAGAUAACUUAUUAUUAAAUUAUUGUUUUAAAGUAGAACUGAGUGUAUAUAAUCAAGGUUUUAAUUGUAUUUGUCAGGAAUAUGUGUUUAUAUGAGGACUCUGGUCCAGAGAUGAUGUUUGCUCAGUGAGUGCUAAUUAAAUAAGCCGAGUUUUAGGAAAACUCGACUUAUUGCAUGUGUGUACAGUGUGGUCCCAGAUUAGCCUAUCCUCUCUGCAUAGGCUUAACAUAGACAACUUUUUCUGCUUACACUGGAUUUGUGUUUAUUAUAGACUUCCUUUGAGGACUUAUUCCAUAGAAGCUGAAAGUGUCUUUCCUGAUAAGCCUGUGCAAACUGCAAGGGCUAAUCUUCAAAGACUCUUUAUACAAAUGCAUUAAGCCCUAUUUUCCCAGAAUGAGGCUCAAAUAAUAGAAUCUCUUUGAAAGUGCAUGCAUGAACUAUUUGGAUCUUGCACUGAUAUUUAAAUAUUUUGAAGUCAUCUAAAGAAAUAACAGUCUCACUUUGGGAAAACCGUGCUUAUUGCUAAAUAUAGUUAACUUGUUAAUAUUAACAUCAAGUGUAUUAAUAUAUCAAAUUUGAAAUCAAACAAGACCUAAAAACCUGUUGUAUUAACAAUUUAGAUGCAUGUUAUUGUUACUGUUGACAGUUAACAUAUAAGUUGUUGCUUAAUUUAGCUUACUUAAUAUAUGACUAUUGUAAGAAAAUUGCUACAUAAUUUGAUUGUAUGUGAUA